AAUGUGCCCAAUGCUUCCAUCCCGACUCCCUUUCACGGACUGUGGAUCUGGAAAAAUUCAAUGUUGACACCUCUGCUAUUGGCCUUCAAAUGGAGGAUGGACAGGAGAAGCUGCAGCUUACCUGGGAUGAUGGACAUGUGAGCCCAUAUAUCCCUUUCUGGCUCAGACAGCGAAGUUUCAACCCCAAGCAUCAAGAAGAAGCAGGUCGGGAGAGAUAUCGGAGAGCACGCAUCACCUGGGACUCCUCCAUGCAGGAGAAACUCCCCCGUGCCUCAUUUCAGAAGAUUCUCAGUGAUGAUAAAAGCCUGUAUGAGUUCUUGCACAACUGGGAGGUGUAUGGC